CUAUAAAAGAUUACAUCAAGACCGAAAGGCUUCAAGUGGAGCACGCACUCGAUAACCUCAAUAGCCUAUAAAUCAACACAAGCUUCAAAGAGCUAUGCCUUGGAUCCCCGUGUUUUUUUAACCUCAGUUAUAAAGACCAAUUGCCACAUAUGACCCAACAAGCCAGCUUAGCCAUGACAGGAAACCAGAAGAUUAUGGGUCAAUAUCCCUAAAGGACAUGCACAUGAUCCUUUCACCAUGCUUAAAAAUAAAGAAAGCAGUGACAGCCAUGAUGAUAUGAAAGGGUGGAGGGUGCAUGCAUGUGACAGCCCUUCCCCUCCCUUUUGCCACCUACUAAACUUAUUGUUGGGUGGAUGGGCCUCGCUCUUUUCCUCCUUGCUCCAAAAGAAGUAUUCUAAGAAACCAUCUCUAAGCCGAAAAGAAGGGAAGCAAUCAUCCCCUAGGCGAAAAGAAGCGCGGCAAACAAUUGCAGAGGAUCAUGGAAGGAUCCUUAAUAAACCUCAGAAAUCCUCCGGACGCCGGAUCCAUCAUCACCACUUUACCAACCUGGAAACUUUAUGACAAUCCGCAUUACUCCCAGUGCUGCAAUGAUUCCACCCUCCACCUCCACUCCUCCAACUGCAUCUCUUCUUAUGUUCAAAUGAUCUUUGCCUCCAAACUCGAGACUUCACCAGUCGGCGAAAUUACUACUUUCCUUGGGCCGAUGGACUGUGAUGGAACACCAUCCGAACUCGAAGUCGCGCAAGGUCGGAUUAAUGAAUUGAAGGCUGAGCUCGAGUUUGAGCGGCGGAUGCGACGGAAGGCGGAGUCGCUCAACAAAGUGAUGGUGAGAGAGAUGAUGGAGGAGCGGAAGGCGAGGGAGGCAGCGCAUGCCCUGUGCAAGAGGCUCGAGGAGGAGCUUGCGAGGAAGCAGGAGGAGGUGGACCGGGUGCUGAGGGAUAUCGACGAGGAGAGGAAGAUGAUGAGGAUUGCUGAGGUGUGGCGAGAGGAGAGGGUGCAGAUGAAGCUCGCAGAGGCCAGGUUGCUGAUGGAGGAGAAGCUUCAGGAGAUGGCAGCGAACCAGAGCAAGAGAGAGAUGCCAAAAAAAGGGGAGGAGGUAGGUGAGUUAAAGGUUAAUACUGUUCCAUCCUUCCAGAGAGGUUCAUGUGAGAAUGCUGAGAAUUUUAGUGAGGUGGGAUCAGCUGGACAAGCCAGCCAACCAAGUCAACAGCGGAGGGAACCGGAGAAUCCUCACAUCAAGAGGGGGAUCAAGGGGUUUGUGGAGUUCCCAAGGGUGGUUCGGGUUCAUAGCUCUUCUAAAGAGGCGAGGGUGCACUUGGGGUCUAAUCUAGAGUGUCAAAGGGCUCAGCUGCGGAUCCUGCUGAGGCAUAGGAAUCCUGUGGGUUUGGGCCUUUUGGGAAAUUCAGAGAAUUUGGUCAUGUGAUCGAGCUCGUUAAUUCUUUGGAGUGCUUUGCUUGUCUUCUUCUUCUUUCUUGUUCUUUUUGCCUUCUUUUUGUUCCCAACCACGCAUGAAGACUGUGCACCUUGUAUCAGACACUAUUCAUUUGCAGUGUAGUUUGUUUUU